AUGAGGACUGGUGGAGGGGCCCCCGGUGGUGUGCAGACGCACGGCCCAGAGUCCCCCGUCCUGGGGUCGCCGGGUCUUGUGUCAAGUUUCCAACAGACCAAGGAAGACUCGAGCGCUUCUCAAAACGAGGGCGUGCCCUUCUUCGCAAAGGACGCUGCCGCCGACGCUGCCGCCGCUGCUGCCGUUGCCGUUGAAACUCGCAACACAUACCGCCAUCGCCCGCUACCAACACCUCCAUCCAAGGCAUCUUCGACCAUGGCUGAGCGGCCCAGCACUAGCGGAGGUCUUUCACCUCAUAACUACAGCACCACCAGCUUCAGAUCCUUUGCUGAUAGACGUAUGUCCAAGGAUGACCUGUACAUCAGGCCUCAGUCUUCAGCACGUGGUGGUUACAAGUCGUAUCACAUCCCGAUACGGGACAACCCAGCAUCUCCGGUAGAGAGUCCUGGCGACUUCUCAUACGACUUCUCGCCGGCGCGCACCCUUACAGUCAGGACACAGACGCCAGAUUCGAUGGAUAGCAACAUGGGAACGAUAGCAAUAGGUAUGGCCAUAGGGAGCCCGACACAUCCACCUCCGGACUUCACAGCGUCGCGCGAAUUCCUUCCCUCGCCGAUGCCCGCCCCGAGGGACGAGUGGCAACCACAGGCAUCCAGCCUAAGCACGACCAUGAUGAGGGCCUCACCAACACCAGAACCGCCGCAGGAGAUCCCGGAACCUGUGCCGGCCCCAAAGCAGAAGUCAGGAAGGUGGAAACUAUUCGGCCGGUCAAAAAGCAAGAGACUCGCUUCAUCCCCAGUCGCCAUCUCACAGCCCAUGAAUCUUCAACACCCGGCACCGACGAGGACAGACUUCGAUAUCUCACCGACGACGAACCAGGCCACUGACUUGGGACGACGGAACACGGAGAAGAGGACGGCGGAUAGCAAACCUGCCAUGAAGCGCUCACAAACAGCUGGCCCGGUGGCCCCGCCGAGCCCGAAAGAAUCAAAGCCCCCUAAACUACUAAGCAGAAUGGCGUCCACACGAUCGACCAAGAGCGUCAAGAAGUCGGACAUAUCUGCGCCGGUCCACGUCUCUAUGGGAGUACCUGCUUUGCCGCCGAAGCCAUCGGGUGGUUUCUUGGACGUGGAGAUCCCCAGCAUCACGAUGGAGAGGUACAGUGUCAUGUUCGGUAACGUCCUGGGACAACAGCCGAAUGGACCACAAGAUUCGACAUCGGGACCACAAGGAUUACAGCCUUCAUCUUCGCUCCUGGCGAGGCGGCAAGCUACUCUGGACAGAUUGAAAACGAUCAACGAUCAGGUCACGAGGGAAGAGGAAGAGAGGGAACGUACGAGGGGUCAGAGGGCAACAUCACCACAGCCGCUCAAAUCGCCCGCAUUUUCGCUUUCCCUAUUCCCAGCCACGCCGUCGGAAUCGGCCAACAACCCGCCUCAGUCACCCCGUUUCCGCUCAAAUACUUCACCCGCUUUCCUGUCGUCCCCGCAGAGGGCAAGCUUUGAGCCAGCUGCAGAGGAAAGGAGCCCAGAAUCCAUCAAGCGCAAGACCCCAUCGCCCCAGAUGAGCACGCGGUCCAAUCCCCUGGAGCCCUCCGCCGUACACGACUUCGUCUUUGGCCCCGAGCAGUCCGGCCUCAUGCUCGACUUGCCAACAGACGACAACGAAUCCGAGGAAAUCCGCCUGACAGAGCAACUGAAGCCGACCAUCUACGAACCCUCAUGGCAAAUGACCACUACACCAGGCGAGUCCACGGCCCCGUCGAGCGCUGCGCCCAGCGCAAAAGACCGUUCUCCCGCGUCGGUAUCCUCCGUCCACACGCACGUCACAAAGCCGUCCCUUGACGAGUCUGAGCCCGACGACGCGCUCCGUGCUGCCGUGGAAAUCUCGAUUGCCCGACAGAUCAGUAUCUCCAGGCAGCAGCGGCGGAUGCUCCGCCCUCUGAAGACGAAUGCGGUUCGCACCGGCGGCAGCCCGGGUGUAAGAAGCCCGGUGACAACCAUCACAGUGGGCAAGAACGAGCGGCUAUCCACGACAAAGAGCGCGACACCGACGCUCAUCGGCCACGGCGAGACUUCUGAGCAGCAAAUCGCGCAGAAUCGCAAGAGCUCGCGUAUCAUCGUUGAGGAUGACUUGGCAUAA